AACUUGUGGGCAGAGAUGGAAAGAAAACCACCUCCCCAUGUUGAAUCACCUGGCCCCAAAGUAGUUGUGCUUGCACUCAAAGACUCAAGUCUUUACUGGAAAUGUCUUCCUGAAAAGUUUUCCUGGAAACACUCCUUUCAGCCCCUGAUGAACAAUUCUCUUUGUAAAAGCCUCAAAACCAGAAUAGAAACAAUGUGUACCCUCCACUGUCCCUAUAUACCCCCUGCCUAUUCAGAUACUUGAGCAGACAAACCCCCCAAGCCUCUCACCCUUAAUGGUGGAUCUCUAAUGUCUAGCUGGUCUUGGCUAGAACACUCUAGAAACUAAGGAAAUCUGCGAAAUUUAUGGCAAAUUUUGAGCCUUCAUAUUGGUAUAGUUUGGAAAUAGUCCUCACCACCUACUCCUAAGCACAGAAUGGUCAGGCAAUAUGUGGAUGCUUUCAGGAAAGAGCUUCUAAAGAGUCAAUAUGAUGUCUUCGCCCCUUUUUGGUCCUACAAGAUGUCAUUAACCUACAGGUCUUAUUUGCCUUGUAAGAACAGAGACACGUGGUGGUUGAGGUAGGUCAAGGGAGCCAAGUCAAGGUUAUUUCAAAGAUGGAAAGAGGGCUUCCUAGGUGGCGCAGUGGUUGCGAAUCCGCCUGCCAAUGCAAAGAUGGAAAGAGACGUGAACAUUUGUGCAGGCUGAGAGCCACCAGUCAGUGGUGGAAGUUGAAGAUACCAGAGAAGGAGAGAAGGUCAUCUAGGUGUUAGGCAAGAGGUGGGUGGAAACGACCACCCAGGGGAAGGCUUGGUCUUGAACAAUCAUGCGUCCUGACUCACACCUGUGUCCAGUGAGACAGGCAGGAAGCAAGUGAGGACAGAUGGGAAUGUGAAUAAAGAAGGACAGAGGGAAGUUGAGGGAAUGGUGAUGAUGCUUUUUGUUUUUCUCUAGGAGGUUGGAACUGGGAUCAUUGCUUAAGAUAAGGACAGUGAGCUGCUUUAAGUGUGGGUUACAAGCACCCCAGACAAGCGCGUGCCAUAGAAGCCAAAGAUGUUUGUCUUGCUCUAUGCUACAAGUUUUGCCAUUUGUGCGAGUGGACAGCCUCGGGGUAAUCAGUUCAAAGGAGACAGCUACUCCCCGAGAUAUAUCUGUAGCAUCCCUGGCUUACCUGGACCUCCGGGCCCCCCUGGAGCAAAUGGUUCCCCUGGGCCCCAUGGUCGGAUCGGCCUUCCAGGACGAGAUGGUAGAGACGGCAGGAAAGGAGAGAAAGGUGAAAAAGGGGCUGCAGGUUUGAGAGGUAAGACUGGACCACUGGGCCUUGCUGGAGAGAAAGGGGACCAAGGAGAGACUGGUAAGAAAGGACCCAUGGGACCUGAGGGAGAGAAAGGAGAAGUAGGUCCUGUUGGGCCUCCUGGACCAAAGGGAGACAGAGGAGAACAAGGGGACCCGGGGCUGCCUGGCGUCUGCAGGUGUGGAAGUAUAGUGCUCAAAUCUGCCUUCUCUGUUGGCAUCACAACCAGCUACCCAGAAGAAAGGCUACCAAUUAUAUUUAACAAGGUCCUCUUCAACGAGGGAGAGCACUACAACCCUGCAACAGGGAAGUUCAUCUGUGCUUUCCCAGGGAUCUAUUACUUUUCUUAUGAUAUCACAUUGGCAAACAAGCAUCUGGCAAUUGGGCUGGUGCACAACGGGCAGUACCGAAUAAAGACCUUUGACGCCAACACGGGAAACCAUGACGUGGCUUCAGGGUCCACAGUCAUCUAUCUGCAGCCAGAAGAUGAAGUCUGGCUGGAGAUCUUCUUCACUGACCAGAAUGGCCUCUUCUCAGACCCCGGUUGGGCAGACAGCUUGUUCUCCGGAUUUCUCCUGUAUGUUGACACAGAUUACCUAGAUUCCAUAUCGGAAGAUGACGAGCUCUAAUGAGGACUGCUGGUCUGAAUGUCCAAAGACACUUGUGGCAGACACGUUGAUUUAAUCUGGGGCUCUGGAAGGUGGGACAAGCAGAAAUGAGAUCCAAAAAGACUCCCAUUCAGAUUCCAGAGGAUUUACAGACAGUUCUAGCAGAAUCUAUUAAAACAAGUUGAACCACCAAACCAUUGAAACCACACCAAAAUGAAUUAUAUAAAACAGUAACCCCAGCUAUGUUCUCUAAAAAGCGAUGUUCAUAAAUAUUUAAACAAAUUAAAGACAAUGUUACAAAUUUUCUGUUAAAUUCCCUGAGUGCUAAAACCAGCUGGCAAUGAUAUUGUCUCAUUAA